AUGACAAUCAAGAUAGCAACAUCAAGAUUCAUUGUUCUCGAGAAAAAAAUAACUGACGAUGAGACUCUGUGUUCUUUGUUUCUGCAAUCACCACUUUCUGGAUUUGCUUUGGUAUUGUUUCAUAACCCAACAUGGUUCGCAUGUGAAACGCUGUUUGGAUUCUUUAAUGGUCUCCUCCACUGUUCUGCCUAUAAUCUUGUUGCCAUAACAACACUGCGAUAUAUUGCCGUCUCGGAUCCAUUGAAGUAUAAAACACGAGUAACGAAGCGACGAUCACUGAUAGCAAUUGCAGUUAUAUGGAUACUGUCAAUAUCGUUUGGAGUCAUAAUAAAUAUCAAAAGUGAACCAGAUAGUUUCUAUGGAGUCUGUAGAUACGAGAGUUUCGAUGAAGCAUGGCAUCUUAUACUAGUGACAGCUACCAAUAGCCUGGCACCCUGGCUUAUUAUGAUGGUUCUCUAUGUUCGCAUCAUACUGAUUGUAAAUCAUCAUCUUAGAAGUAAAAAAGUCAGCCAGAAUCAAAUCUACCCAGAAGGAGAAGAAUCGGGAAUUGAUCCAAGAUUACUCAAGAAAGAAAUAAAGAUGACUAAGAUGGUGGCAAUGAUUCUCGUAUAUUAUAUUUUCGCAUGGACACCUAUUUUGACGUACAUGUUUGUGGGAAUACAUUGUCCGACAUGCUAUUUUGAUAUUUACAUCGGGGGCACUGUCAGACUGAUGUUGUACAGCAAUUCCUGUAUAAAUGUCUUCAUCUACGCUGGAAGCAGUUCAGAGUUUAAAAGGUCAUUCAAGCUGCUAAUCCUCAGAAUGUUCCUUUGUGAAAAUGAUGGAAACUUCGAACAUGGACAGUCGAGCCAACCAACUAACUCUGUACGAUAG